AAUGUACUGUUUUAAUCUUAUUAACUGAGCCGGGGUUUGGCUAUUAGCUUAAUUACCAUUAAAUGUAUCUUUUUGUAUCAAUACUCUGACCAAAUUAAACUAUUAUUCCUUUUGUGCUUGGGGUGACAAACUUUGUUUAAUCCAUUUGCAGAUUUCAUAUUGCUGACCUAAGUCUGUGAAAGCAGUAGCUCAACAAAAGGGGGUGGGAAAAAAGAAGUUUCUCCCUGAGGAAAACACUCCGGUCUCUAAGUGAGCAGUAAAUCUGGCACUUAGCAGUGGUAGUGCGUGUUGGUGUGUGAAUUUGAGCGUGUAAAUGUAGUGAGCGUCGCCUAGUCCAUAGCCUCCAGAGCUGUCAAAUGUUGCCUUGCUCCACAACAUCCGUAACCUGUGACCCUCGUAACUCCUGUUAUGUUCUCGGCUCUCCAGGCCCCUCAGAUUUCCCUCCAUUGGUCCCAGAUGACAGAUACCCCUGUCGUCCUAGUUCCUCCAAACUGCCCCGGUAGCCUUUGACCUCGCCCGGCACCUCUGCCUCUGCGAACGCUGCCCUCGCAUUCCAGCCGAAGAAGCUGAAACCUGAGCCUGCGGUGAGCUCAUCACCAGGGCCGCGGAACCCAGAGUUAAGCGAUACAAAAAAAAAAAAAAAUGGAGAAAAACCUGAGAGAGAAGAAGGGGGUGAGGCAGCCGUCGGGAGUGGGACAGGUCUGGAACUGGUUCUGUGCGCCUUCCUGCCUGCCUGCAGGACCUCGAAGGAGGUCGAGUUACACCGAGGAAAGCAAGGAGCAAAGAGGAAGAAGCGUCUUUGAAUUCUCCCUGCCUUUGUUGGGUUUUUUUGUCCGUCUUGUUUCUUCGCUGUCGUGGCCUGACCGACCGAGCGGCUCCCUCUGAACUCACGGCGGCAGGAACCCACCGCACUCCGUCUGGGCUUUCAAGUUAGCGAGACCGGCCGCUCUCUUCCUCGUGCCUGGGAUGUGAGCGUAAACACCGUGGGGUUGCGCUCUCCGUUCUCUCAGCGCCUCUGUUCUCCCUCUGACCCUGCCAUGACCACCAAGUGACCGAAGAUGGUCGCUGGAUCCAAAUGCCGCCCCCUGUGGGCUCUGCGGUGGUCUGGGACCAGCAGUGUGUGACGGACAGGCGAGCGAAGCCUGUGGCGGCCUUCUCCUGCGAAUCUUCAAAUUGGCCCUGGCUGAGCUCUUUGUGGAGCGGCGAGUGAAGGGUCCCACCAUUGUUUGACGUCUCAGCAUGGAUGGAGUCGCCACCGUGAAUGAGGCCGUAGCUCUUCAGCUGAGGACUAUUUACGGGAUUACUGUCUUUGUUCCCAACUAACGGUAAAUUGUUGGUAGACUCUCCUUUGGUGGACAUUUUUGCAGGGUCUGGGUUUUUUUUUUUUUUUUGGUGGAUACCAAAAUUGCCCUUUUUUGGGAGGGAGAUAUAUACAUAUUUUAUUUUUGGUUUUCCUUUUUUUGGUUUUCCACUAUGGAGUUUCUUUCUGGACCGUGGAAUAAAGAUUGGGCAUCAUUUCUGCAGUUUUGGUUGACUGUCAUCCUUAGCCUUCACAUGCAGUUCAGCCCAAUUGCUUCUUGCCCCCAAGUGUGCCGUUGUGACAAAGCGUUUAUAUACUGCAACGAACGCAGCCUGACAUCAGUGCCUCUGGGGAUAGGGGAGGGCUACAGCAUCCUCUUCUUACAUAACAACCAGAUCAACAAUGCCGGCUUCCCUAUGGAAUUUCACAAUCUAGAAUCCAUAGAAGUUGUUUAUCUGUACGGCAACCAGCUGGAUGAAUUCCCCAUAAAUCUGCCCAAAAACACAAAAGUCCUGCAUCUUCAGGAAAACAACAUCCAAACAAUCUCCAGAGCAGCCUUGGCUCAGCUGAGUAAACUUGAGGAAUUGCACCUUGAUGAUAACUCCAUCUCUACAGUGGGGGUGGAGGAAGGGGCCUUUAGGGAGGCGCAAAGCCUUAAGCUCCUUUUCCUUACCAAGAACCACUUAAGCAGUGUUCCUAUUGGCCUUCCUGAGGACCUGAAGGAGCUGCGGUUGGAUGAGAACCGCAUAGCUGUUAUUGCAGAGGAGGCCUUUCAGAAUGUGACGCGCCUGCAGCGCCUCCUGCUGGACGGGAACCUACUGACGGACGAGGGCAUAGCGCCAGGGACUUUCAGGGACCUGGGCUCUCUCCGAGAGCUGGCUCUGGCUAGGAAUUCCCUCACCUUUCCCCCACCCCUCUUACCCAGCCAGUCUCUGAUCAAGCUCAGUCUGCAGGAGAACCUGAUCGACCAGAUCCCUGUGGCGGCCUUUGCCGACCUAAACAGGCUAGAAAGACUGGAUAUUUCCUCCAACCAGCUGCAGACUCUUACACACGGAGUGUUCGAUGGCCUGUCGAGCCUAAAGCACCUCGUGGUGCGCAGCAACCCCUGGCGUUGUGACUGCUCUGUCAAGUGGGUGGUGGUGUGGCUCAAGUCAUUGCCGUCCUCCAUCAACGCCAGGGGGUUUGUGUGUAACAGUCCAGAGAAGGUGCGAGGCAUGACAAUCAGAGAGCUCACGCUGGAUAUUAUUGAGUGCCCUAUUUUCCCUGACCAAACGCCCUGGCCCACUCUCCGCUCCACACCCCCUCCUCCACCCACCACCGCCCCUAUCACAACCAUGAUUUCCACCCUCAUCACCACAUCUAACCCUUACUACUUCGACUCCCCCUCUCCUCCCUUACCACCCAUCCAUAAUAACCCCCCUGGGCCACUUCCCCCCUAUGAGGAUCCCCUUCAGAUCUCCUUCCAUGUGGUCAACUCCACCAACAUCGAGGUGAGCUGGGCGUCCUAUUUCACCGUCACAGCUUACAAAGUCACUUGGGUCAAAAGUAGCCAAAGGCAAAACGAAGGGAUGCGGGAGAGGACGGUGAGCGGGGAUCGGCGCCACCUAAGCCUCACUGACCUCGAGCCCCGCUCGGUGUAUCGGAUCUGCGUUCAUGUUCUGGACACCCUGAACUCCUACAGGCCAGGAGAGGAUACUAUCUGCUCCGACGCCAGGACCAAGGCGCCCGCUUCCACUAAGCCUCCCGGACGCGAGCAAGCCCCACAGGACACCUUGAACUUCACGCUGCUCAUGGCUGGGAUUAUAGGCGGAGCGGUCCUCAUCAUCCUGGUGACGCUGCUGGGCUUGUUCUGCUGGCACAUGCACCGGAAGAGCCGGUCGUCCUCGACCAAGUGGAAAUACAACCGCGGGCGGAGAAAAGACGAUUACUGCGAGGCGGGAACCAAGAAGGACAACUCCAUCCUGGAGAUGACUGAGACCAGUUUCCAGAUAGUGGCUCUGAACAAUGAGCAGCUGCUCAAGGGAGACUUCCGGAUCCAGCCCAUUUACACGCCCAACGGGGGCAUUGGAUUUAGAGACUGUCACCUCAGCAACAACAGCAUAGCCUACUGCAAGAGCAGCAACGUGCCCAGUACAGAGUUCUGCCACACGUGAUGCAGUGCUCGGACGGACACGGACCAGAAACAAUUGCUUAAAUACACACUGUUUGUGUAGAUGACAUCUAAAAAAAAAUAUACAAAAAUUCUAGUGAAAUAUAACUGUACCAUAUAUAUUUCCAAGAUCUGUCUACAAUGUAAUUUAUACUGUGGAUAAUAAUGUGGGAUUCUCUGCUAUCUUUUUUAUUCUUAGAAAAAAAAGAGACAAGUGGGUUUUUUUCUUCUUCUUUUGUUCUUUUUCUUUAUAACCAGCAGGGUUUUGAAAGUCGUUUCAAUGGUCAGUACUGUACAUGAACAUAGGUUUGUACAAUCACGGCACCCUGGUGUAACUCCUGACAGACAAAUAUAGCAUCAGCCUCAGAAACGAAAGGGCCGCUCCAGAGGGCUGGGAUCCUUUGCCAACCACAAAAACAAAAUAUGACCUUUUCUGGUUAUUAUCCUCACAACUCUAAAAACGAUUAUUCCCUUCCACCUCAGUCACUCCCCGGUAAAACAGAGCAAGGGGAAUCGAAGCACUGCUGAUUAGUGUUGUAAAAUUUAUAUACAUAUAUAUUGAAUAGCAGCCAGGCAGGACGUGAGUAGAGGGUAGAGGUGACGGAAUUGUGGAUAGAGAAUGUCAAACUUGAGUAUUUGUUGAAAUUUUCCCAAAAGUGCCACACGAUAAUAAAAAGCGUCUUUGUUCUGUUGCUUCACAGAGGAGGUUAGUCGUGACACAAACAAAAAGUCUAGAAAAGGAUGUGCAGUUUUCAGCAAAAAAUAAUUAAUGUGGGCUUAGAAGCAACAAAGGAUUGUUGUCUCUAAUGAGGAGACUUGAAGCUCCUUUCUAAUUGUAAUGUGCUCUUAUCCUGUCCUUUUCUUGGCCUCAUCUUUUGGCCACAAGGGGGCAGGUUUUCCUUCAACUGUGUGUGUGUGUGGGACCAAGUAAUGGUAGAGCGGCCAGAGAGAUCACUUUACCUCCACCGUUCUCCCCAGAGCCUUUUGCCCAGACAGCAUUACUCACGCUCAAGCAGCACAGCCACGCUCAUCGAGCUACUUAAUGACACGGAAGCGUUUAAAACUAACAGUGUUUUCAGUGUUUGGUGGCUAAAUGAUAUGGAUUUUCAGCUACAGCAUAAAGAUUCCUCUGAGAUUGUAGAAAGAAAGAAAGAAAGAAAGAAAGAGGGGCGAGGGGAGAGUGAUGAAUUUGGAGAUGGCGCACACAUAACGCUAAUUUUACACCCACAUAUUUCAUCCUUGUCCUGGCGUUUAUUAGACAUAGUGAUGAAUUAGAAAAUGACUUUGAGAUCACGCCCCGCCCAUGAUCACGCCGAGCACUUCGCUUAGCUCAUCAUUAUUUAUCUCUUUGUCCCCGCCCUCCCUUCUCCCCCUUUGCUCGUCUCAAACGUUUGCACCUGCUCUCUUUAGGGCGACAGUAGCUGGGAGGAUGAUUCGCACUCUGUCCAACCCGAUUUACCCUCCAUUUCUAGGCCGCAUUGCUCUUGAUCCCUGCAUGGGCUCAAUUAAAACCCUCUUCCUGCCCUUCGGCUCAGACGCUGCGGCAGCUGCAGCACUUCAGCGUGCGAGAGGUCUCCAUUUAUGCACUUCUUAGGACUCCAUUUGAUCUGACACAAUUUGAUUUUAAGGCGGCCAAGCUUAAAGAAUUCCCGCCCACCUCUUUCCUCGUAAUCCUACCAAAAAAGGAAGAAAAAUAUGUCAACCUUAUUUUCACUUGGCCGCAUGAAGCCCGCUCUAGAUGAAAACAGUCUUUAACUCUUUGCGAGGCUCCACAGACGGUAGGAAACGUUUAGAGCGGAAAGCGUUCCAGAUUUGUUCUUUUCCAAAAUCUGAAAAAUUAGUUGGUUUUGAUUUUAAUUCCAGCCGUGAUUUACUUUGUCAUAAGGCAUCCCAAGCCCUACUGCUAAAUAAUGGAUCAACAUAGAAACAGCAAAUAGACACUAUGAUAAAAACCGUUUGACAAUUAGCAAACGAUGACUGUUUUUCUAUUUGUUUUGAAAUUGAAGUUAAUUUCUUAAGAGUGACGAGUCCAUUUCCAUCAGAAAGGAUUAGAUUUUUUAUAAAAACACCAUAUCAAGCAGCAUAACACCAGCAGCAUUGACAGUAGCUACUACGCAAAGACUCUUGUCAAAACAACAAAUUAACAGAUUGUUACUACGACCUCACAAUUUUCAAGUCGGAUUUAGAAGUUUUAUAGUAACACGUUUCAAGAAUUACUUGAUCAUGUUUCCUGAUAAUCCGACCAAAAAAAACAGGAGAAAAAUCUGCAGCGCUGGAUGAAGCUCCCCCUAGAAGAUUAACUUUAGUUGUUGGAAUAGAUUUUACAGAGCUGGUGAACUUUUGAAGCAGAAGAAAAAACAACACGCUUGUUCCAGAUCACGGAGAUAAUCGGUGGAAGUAUUUAUCCUCAGAGUUUUGCAAAAUUAGCUUCACUUGUUAGUAAUUCCAGCAGCGGUUGAGGAUGUUUUUAGCUAAUUAUAUUUUGCACAUAUCAAGUUAUUUUCUAUGUCAGCCCUGGUAGAUUUCUAUGUUAAAUCAGCUUUAAAACCUGACAGGAAACAAAAGAGAACAAAAUAACAGAAAAUGAGCAACAGCUUUGGGGAAAAAAAAAAAAAAAAAAGCAAAACAAGUCAGCUGGUUUCAUUAUUUGUUUUAUGGAAAAAUUUAUAAUUAGUGGAAAAGUUAGUUAUUUUUACAUUGUAGUCGUCAAACCCUUUUUUCUAACUACAGGGAAAAGCUGUGCGUUGGAAGGUUUUUGUUAAUUGCCUCACAUCUUCUAACAGCGUUCCAGUUGCAAAUCAUAAACCAGAAGCUUUAGCCAACUGCUCCGCUGGUUGACCAGACUAUAGUUUUCGCAUUACAAGCCAGUUUGAUAAUAUUUUAUGGCUCCAAACACCAAAAAGAACAUUUUUACAAAAAGAUAAUCGCACAGAAGAUACUGACGUUGGAGCUGAUGUGAUCAAAUGCAACCAGUUGCUGCGACUUUCACUAUGUUUUUCUUUCACUUAUUCCAGUCUGAGGUGGGAGCUGUUAAGGAAAACCAGCUUAGCGCAUCACAAACGUUAGAAAUGGGCAGGAGGUUAAAUUUAAAAAGAAAAUUAUUCUCUCUAGCUGAUUCGUCAACAAGCAUGAUUUAUAAUUGGUCUGAGUCAGGUCUUGCUAUCUAGUGUGUGCUUUGAUUUAAGCUCACCAACUGGCUGCUUGCCACUCAUGAGUUAUCAGUUUGGUCAUUAGUUUGAGAGUGAGGUAUGUUGUCUCAACUUUUCCUUUAAAUGUAACAUAGUCGGCGGUUCUGUGUGAAACAAAAUACCUAAAAUAAAAUUUGAAAAAACGGAGGUAAAACUGAGGUUCUAAAAAGCCAACAAAAAUCAAAAUGGUAAAUUCUUGCUAUUUCGUUUUCCUGCCAAUUCAGCUGCCUUUUCAUAAACCCCUGGAGAAAAAGAAAGUAAUCAAUAGACAUUUCUAGAUUGUCACAGGAUAUGACCCUCAUUUGAUCUCAUUUUUUAAUUCCCUCUAUCCAUAAACAAAAUCUAGCAAAAUAGUAUCAAAGCACAUGUCGGUUGUUGCAUUCAUUGGCCAAAAAUUGUGGGACUUCUUAGGUUUGGUAGGUUAAAAGACU